UGUACUCCCACUCCACAGGGACCGCAUCUCUACGGAAAGAGAGGCGGUGCAGGGCGUGGAAACACGCACUUCCCACGCCCGAUUUGCAACCAACAUAAUGCUGAAGCUCCCAACUUGGAAUGCUCAUUCCACAGAAUGGCACAAACAGAAUCUAAUCUGGACUAUGAUGUAUCAUGGUUCCUCCUUCCCUCAUACUGGGCUAAAAUGGUUGUGGGAUUAAUAUCCCUUCUCUGCUUUGUUAACAGCUAUGAUGGAGAUUUUGUCUUUGAUGAUUCUGAAGCCAUCAUCAAUAACAAGGACCUCAGGGCGGAAACCCCACUUGCUGACCUGUGGCAUCAUGACUUUUGGGGUAGCAAACUCAGCAGCAAUACCAGUCAUAAGUCAUAUCGACCACUUACUGUCCUGACUUUCAGAAUUAAUUACCUUUUUGCUGGAGGCUUCUACCCAAUUGGUUUUCAUGUCAUCAAUAUAGUACUGCAUUGUACCAUCUCAGUGUUGAUGGUUGAUGUGUUCUCAAUAUUAUUGGGUGGACUGCAAUUCAGUAACAAAGGAAAAAGGCUAAACCUGGCUCCAAAGACAUCUCUUUUAGCUGCUUUGCUAUUUGCUGUACAUCCAGUCCACACUGAAUGCGUUGCAGGGAUUGUUGGCAGAGCAGACCUACUGUGUGCCCUGUUCUUUUUGUUGUCAUUCCUUGGCUACUGUAAAGCAUUUAGAGAACACAAGGAAGGACACCAUUUCUCCCUAUUUUGGGUGCUGGUGAGUGUUCUCCUAGGUGCAGUAGCCAUGCUGUGCAAAGAACAAGGAAUUACAAUACUGGGUUUGAAUGCUGUAUUUGAUGCACUGGUGAUUAACAAGCUAAAUGUUUUAGAAUUUGUUCAAAAGUUGCUGCAUAAGGAGAAGUCAUUGGAGAAUUCUAGGCUGGUAAGAAAGGGGCUGCUUUUCAGGAUCUCUCUUCUGUUGUCUGGAGGGGCCAGUAUACUUUAUAUACGCUGGAGGAUUAUGGGCACAGGGCCACCGGCUUUUACCGAAGUGGACAACCCAGCUUCAUUUGCAGAUAGUCCCCUUGUGAGAGCUAUAAACUAUAAUUACUACUAUUCAUUGAAUGCAUGGUUGCUGUUGUGUCCCUGGUGGCUGUGUUUUGAUUGGUCAAUGGGCUGCAUACCCCUCAUUAAAUCUGUCAGCGACUGGAGGAUAAUUGCACUAGCAGCACUUUGGUUCUGUCUAAUUGGCCUGAUAUGCCAAGCUCUGUGCUCAGAAGACAGCCAUAAGAGAAGAAUACUUACGCUGGGACUUGGAUUUCUUAUUAUUCCUUUUCUUCCUGCAAGUAACAUCUUCUUCCGAGUAGGCUUUGUUGUUGCAGAGAGAGUCAUCUACCUCCCCAGCAUUGGAUAUUGUAUUCUGUUUACGUAUGGAUUUAGUCUCUUGUCUAAGAAAGCCAAGAAAAAGAAAAUUCUUGCUGCCGCAGUACUUGGAAUCUUACUGAUAAAUGUCAUGCGCAGUGCUCUCCGCAGCAGUCAGUGGAGGUCAGAAGAACAGCUUUUCAGGAGUGCACUGUCUGUGUGCCCUCUUAAUGCAAAAGUGCACUACAAUGUUGGCAAAAACUUGGCUGACAAAGGAAAUCAAAGUGCUGCAAUCAAAUAUUACAGAGAAGCUGUAAGGUUGAAUCCUAAAUAUGUACAUGCCAUGAACAACCUUGGAAAUAUCCUGAAAGAAAGAAAUGAGCUCCAAGAAGCAGAGGAGUUGCUGUCCUUAGCUGUACAAAUACAACCUGAUUUUGCUGCUGCAUGGAUGAAUCUAGGGAUAGUACAGAACAGUUUAAGACGGUUUGAAGAGGCAGAGCAAAGCUACUGGACAGCAAUUAAACAUAGGAAAAAAUAUCCAGAUUGUUACUAUAAUUUAGGAAGACUGUAUGCAGAUUUGAAUCGCCAUAUAGAUGCAUUGAAUGCAUGGAGGAAUGCUACAGUUCUGAAACCAGAGCAUAGUUUGGCUUGGAACAAUAUGAUUAUAUUGCUUGAUAAUACGGGAAAUCUAGCUCAAGCAGAAGCAGUUGGAAGAGAGGCCCUGGAACUAAUACCUAAUGAUCAUUCCCUUAUGUUUUCUUUGGCAAAUGUAUUGGGGAAAUCACAGAAAUACAAGGAAUCUGAAGCUUUAUUCCUCAAGGCAAUUAAAGCCAAUCCAAAUGCUGCCAGUUAUCAUGGUAAUCUGGCUGUGCUUUAUCAUCGCUGGGGAAAUCUUGACUUAGCAAAGAAGCACUAUGAAGUCUCUCUGAAGCUUGAUCCUAUGGCACCGGGGACCAAGGAAAACUACAGUCUCUUAAGAAGAAAACUGGAACAAUUGCAAAAGAAAGGCGAAGCCUGAUGAUUAUUUUCAGGUUGUCAGUGCAUGCUGUUUAUUAUUAAUGUAACAUGGCUACUUUUGACCAUGUAAGGGAUUCAAUCAGUAUUUCUGAAAAGUUAUAACAAUAACAAAAAGGCAAACUUGUAUGCUCUUACAGAUUCUAACAUUGCAGCUGGAGUUCAAGAGAUCUUUCCAUUUUUGCUUUUAAACUGCUUUUAAAGUCCCUUAAAACAUGUCUGUAGUUACAUCAAAGUAAUGCAGAUGGAAUUUCACAGUUGUGAAUAAAUAGCAGUAUUUGUAGUUUGAAAUCUUCCCCUGAUGUUUUUAGUAGCAGGAAGAAUAUCAAAAGGCAGUUUUAUAUCACAGUGAUUCUGAAAACAAAAGUAAACUUUUCUGUUUAAAAUCUGAUCUCUUCAGGUAUGAAGAAUGUCUGUCCACUUCAGUUUUAUUACUGCUUUCUACUGCCAGUGCUGCAGAGCCAAUGAUAUUCUGGAAGAACAGAUUCUCUCUAGCAUACCAGUCUGCACUUGUAAUCUGAAUUGUGCCCUUGUUCUUGCUUCUGGCUCCACCCUUUGGAGUGUGAGAUUUGUACAGGUGUAAAUGAGAACAGUGACCAUGAAAGGCUUGUCAUCCUGUGUACUGCUAAGGUAUCCUCACGUAGAAAAAAUAGUGCUAGAUUAAAAGAGAGAGACUAGCACACAGCAAAAGGAAGAGAAAGAAGGGCAAUGUGAUAGAGGACUUGCCUGUUUUCUGUUCUGACAGGCAGCCUCAUGUAGCAUAAUGUGUAACUGAUCACACUGUGAUGUGGGAAGAUUCAGAGAUGUUACCCAUUUAUACAGUUUUUAAAAGCACUUUGAUGCAGGUUUAAACUCUGACUGUCCAGAGCUGUUUGUCUUGUGCUAAUAUUUACAUUACUGAUUCAUUCACGUCUGUAUCUCUCUUUUUUGAAACUUUUAUUUGUUUUUAAGAUUGGAAGAUUGUUAUUGAAUGUGAAAACUGAGGAACUUUACCUCUCUUUUCAUAUUCCUCUGUGUGUUUGUUUUUCCCCACAGGAAGAAAUUGGUCGAUGUAGUAAUUUCAGCUUUCCUAAUCUGUCCAAUGAUUAUUGUAUAGGAGAUUUUGGGAUGUUCUUCAUAUACAACUCAUCUAUGUGUGGAACCAUGUAAAAUGUUGGGGAAAUGCCUGCCAUAGAACAGCAUGUCACGUGACCUUACCAUCUGACCAUCAUGUAAAUGGUCUACAUCUGCACUGUGUUUUGAACCUACAGUACUCUACUUUUUAAUUUGGGGGAAUGAGCGUUGUGUCAAGAACCAAAUGCAUCUGCAGAGUACAGUGCAAUACUGCACAGCUACCCAAACAUCCUCUUACGGACCUAGUCUGGGUACUACAAGUAGUACAACUACUUUAAUGUAAUUCUUUUCCCAGACUAACUAACUCUAACCAGCAACACUGUAGCAGUGUGGUGCAGAUUUGGCUUUAAAUGACUUGGUAUGACUAAAUGGCACAGUAUGGUACCAUACUUACUCUAGCUGUGGUACUAGAAGUAUGCAUUUGUAUUAAUUCAGUGCUUUACUCAUGCUAAUAAACCCUAUUUCUCAGCAGGACUAAUUAGUUUAUACAGGGUACUGAGUUGAUGCAACUGUUUGUUUCUUCUGGUUUCUGGAACAAAAUUUUCAGAAACUAGUUUCAGAAUGCCUUUGUAGGGUAUAAACAUGCUCUUUGAGAAAUACUCAUACUGUUCCAGCAGAAUGCUGCACCAGUGUGACUAGCAACUUCUGAAAACCAUCAUAGUUCAGUCAGUACCAACAUAAAAAUCUCAAACAUGGUGAAAUAGAUGCACUCUUCAGUACAAGUUGCCAGUUUUGAAGGCUUUGUAGGCAUAGUCUGGUACUCAUCUGAUACAGAAAACACUUAGCUACUCAGUCAUGAAGUAUUAAAGAGCUGGGAUCUUGCUAGAUGAGCUAGUAUAUAGCAGGAAAUAAAUGUUUUCAAUGAAAUCAGGUCGUCUUUGUAUAUUUGCAGUAUGACAUAUUUUAAAUUAUUAUUCUUAUCAUGCAGUUCGUAUGUAUAGUUGUCCCUGUUGUCUCUGUCAUGUCAGCUUUACAGAAAUCCAGUAGAUCAAUAUUAUGUAUGGGGUAUGAAUUCUCUCUAGUGAAUCAAAGGAAUUCUUCUGUAGAAAUCAAUUUGUCCUCCUACUCAAGAGUUUUAAAUGGAAGAGAUAUGCCAAAAAAUUGGAUACUUUGUUAGCAUUUGAAAAUGCUGUUUAUUCUUCAGUAUGUACAACAUGAUCUCUUCUUGAUUAGUUAUCUGGCUGCCUAUCGUAUAAUUUGGGGGGUGCCUGUUUUAUGUCAUUUUUUAGCACUAUAGAAAUUCAGUGUGAUUAUUUGUACAGUGAUAAUAAGGAUACACUUAUGGCUGAACAUAAUGUUGAGGCAUGUUUGGGUUCAAAAGAAAGAACAAAGGUAACUGCUUUUUUAAUAAACAUUUUCCAUAAGACUUUCAGGAACACUAAAUAUUUUUUUUUACUUUAUUUUCACGAAUAUUUUGAGCAUGCAAAUAAUACAGUGAGUUUUAUUAAAAUGUUAAUAAAUUAAUGUUUUGCUUGCUUUUUUUCAUGUCUCAUAACUGACUCCUGGAGCAGAACACACAACCUGAAAGAGAAAGGUUUAGAAAAAAUGAUUUAAUAUGUAACCAUUGUUACACGCACAGUCUGUCUUUCCAGUGUGAUGGAUUUUCCACCACUGCUAAUUAUGGAAGAAUAAAGUUUCAUUUUUAUCUGCUGACCUGUGUGAUUCUGUAGAAACAUGGAUACAUUUUUUUCCCAAAGUCUGCUUGCUCUAAUGAGAGAAAUGCAGAAUGAUUCAAUGCUCAAAAUGGAGUCAGAAAAAUGUUCACAAUGACUGCUAUGGAUAACAGUCACUUUUCACCAAAAACUCCCCAAAUGGCUCCCUAACUGUAUGUUUCUCUCAUGUCUAUGCCACUGUCAAGCACAUGUUUCUGUUAUUUAAUUUCAUACUUAGAAUUUAAACCUGGAAAUGUGAGGGUGUUGAGGAAGGAGUGUGUAUAUGUGAACACUUAGAAAUAAAGAUCUUCAAUACUA